UCAGGCUGGUGCAAUAAUGUUAGAUGAGAGCCGUCAUUGCCGCCACACAUGUUGAUCAGUGACGUCAUGCGUCGUGCCUCGCCCGCAGCCAAUCAGCCUCGGGCGCGCCACGCACGGGCCAACACGUGAGCAGCGCGCGCCGCUAGCCUCGCCCACUGAGCCCUCAUUGGCCGGCCAGCUUCUAUCACGACCAAUAGCAGCGCAAGUGGGCUGGCCCAUUUCCUGGACGCUCACUUCCAGGCAAGACGGCUCUGGUAGACAUGCCUUUCUUGUGGAUUAUAUGUCCCUCUUUGUCGCAAGACAUCCAGAUAAGCCUCAUCUCCUGUCGGGGCAAGAAAAUGUCUUGUAUACGUUGGCAAGGAUGGUGCCCAUGCCCUUGUGGCUCGGGCACGGGGCAUCAGUAGCGGGUAUAGAGCAGGUGGCCGUAUGGGGAUAAAGCUAGAGAACAUUACAGGUGAACAGGUAGUGUGGUGCUGAAGGUCACAGUGAACAGUACUGGAGGUGUGCGCCACCACCACCAUCACAGACUGCGUGUGCGCGUGUGUGUGUCAGGCAACUUUUGCGUGCAUCCUCCCUGGAGAACUUCUUGGGAGGGGGUAGGAGAGGAAGUCUCGCUAAGUCUCUCCUGCCGUAGAGACUUAGUGACGAAGUGCUGCAAAUAUGAAGUCGACUAGCAUAGAGGAUCCCAAGAUGGAGACCCGGGUACUGAUGCCUGCCGAGUUCUCUCUGGUGGUGACGGCGCGCCCGCUACCCCCGCUAGAUCGUCUCGUUCCUGCCGAAGACUGCAUCAAAGUGUGCGCUACUCGCCCUCUACCCGUCCAGACCCGCUACCUCCCCUUCAGCGGCACCGUCAGAGCUGACAACCUACCGCUGCUGCCCUACCUCUCACCCAUGGACGUGCGCUCCAGGUACGGUGGGUACGACUCCGUAGACGAGGAGGGACGUCGUACCUGCAACUGGGUACGAUUCCUGAAGGUAGCACCCGUUUACAGCCACGAAGUGAACCUCGUGGGGCGCCGCGCGGGGCCCCGUGGCGAGGUGAUCUUCGAAGUGGUGAGGGAGAUCCUGCCUGGAGGGGAGCUGCUGGCUUUCCUGCUGCCGGACCUCAACGGAGAAAACGCACUCUUGCUGCCGGCGCUCACCUUCAUUCGUUCCUCCCUCUACCGUCGCACUAUUGACUCCAUUAUGGCUGAGGCGCCGCUGGACCUCUCCAGGUCCCUGCUGACCUCGCCUGCUGUGCGACCCUCCCACACCAGAGUCUUGUCGCGAGACUCUGAUGCUGUUUCCCCAUCGUCGUCUCCUUCACCCUCGUCAUCACCCGCAUCUUCAACGUCCUCAGCUCCAGCUUUCUCACCAACAUCCUCGUCUAUGUUCCACAUGGGUCGUCCGCCGCUACAGUUCGGACUGCCCCCUCGCCUGCCCAUGGGUCUUGCCCCACAGUCUCCCUCGGCAAUGUCUACAGGUAGUUCCUCUGGUAUCUCCGUCCAAAACAGUUCCGUCUCGCCGACUCUGGCCCCCGUCAAGCGUCGGGAACGGACUAUGCUGCCGUGCUCCGAGUGCGGUAAGGCCUUUGAUCGUCCGUCAUUGUUGAAGCGGCACAUGAGGACCCACACUGGGGAGAAGCCUCACGCCUGUGAUGUCUGCGGUAAAGGCUUCUCGACCAGCUCCUCGCUCAACACUCACCGACGCAUCCACAGCGGUGAGAAGCCACACCAGUGUGGCGUGUGUGGCAAGAGGUUCACCGCCUCCUCCAACCUCUACUACCACAAGAUGACGCACGUCAAGGAGAAACCUCACAAGUGUUCGCUGUGCACCCGCUCCUUCCCGACGCCUGGAGACCUGCGAUCACACAUGUUCGUGCACAACGGCCAGUGGCCGCACAAGUGCACAGUGUGUGGCAAGGGCUUCAGCAAGCUCACCAACCUGCGCAACCACGCACUCCUUCACUCAGCCAAGACACGUGUACCUCCAUCCUCAGCUCCUGUGUCUCCUUCCUCAGCCUCCCUCUAGCCCCCUCCCUCUACUCCUUACAACUCACAACAUGGUCAACAACAAAAAUCUCAUCUCUUCAUCUUCCUCAGGCGUUUAAUGCCUCCCCAGGCACUCCCUUCCCCGGAUGCAGAUUCAGCCUUCUCACCAAACAUGACACAAUGCCAAAUAGAGUCUAGAGGCUUUCCUCACCUGCCGCCACCUACUGAAUUGCACCCGAGACUAUUCCCUUUCCAAACGACCCUUGUUACCUCUCCAGACACAUCCUUUUCUGUCCCAGUUAUAUCAUUUUUUCCACCUCUUCUAUUAUUCCCCUUCCACAGGCCCCAUUCAUCUUCCAAAUGCCCCCAUUUCUCUUCCACGCACCCCAGACGUUCCUGUUCCUCUUCCACACACCCUACUCCUUUUCCAGACGCCUUGGCGUGACAUACCUCCUCUCCCUCAUCUGUGAUCUCCUACAUAUGUGUGCAAUAUUUAUUUUUUGUAAAUAAUGUAAAUGUAUAUAAAUAAAUAAAUACAUAUAUAUAUAUAUAUAAAUAAAUAUAUUUGUCCAUCAGC